GGAGACGAGAGGAUGCAUUUGCCAAGCCCUACGGACUCCAACUUUUACCGCGCCCUGAUGGACGAAGAGGACAUGGAGGACGUCGUGGACGCUGAUGAGUACCUCAUCCCCCAGCAGGGCUUCUUCCACAGUCCCUCCACAUCCCGGACCCCCCUCCUGAGUUCCCUGAGCACCACCAGCAACAAUUCCGCCGUGGCUUGCAUUGACAGAAAUGGGAGCUGUCCCCUCAAAGAAGACAGCUUCCUGCAACGGUACAGCUCGGACCCCACUGGCACCUUGACCGAGGACAACAUAGAUGACACCUUCCUCCCAGCACCUGAAUACAUAAACCAGUCCGUUCCCAAAAGGCCCGCGGGUUCUGUCCAGAACCCCGUCUAUCACAAUCAGCCUCUAAAUCCAGCUCCUGGCAGAGACCCUCACUACCAGAAUCCCCACAGCAACGCAGUGGACAACCCCGAGUAUCUCAACACACACCCUACCUGUGUCAGCAGUGUGCUCGACGGCCCCGGCCUCUGGGCCCAGAAAGGCAACCACCAGAUCAGCCUGGACAACCCGGACUACCAGCAGGACUUCUUUCCCAAGGAAGCCAAGUCAAACGGCAUCUUCAAGGGCCCUGCCGCUGAAAAUGCAGACUACCUGAGGGUAGCACCCCCAAGCAGUGAGUUUAUUGGAGCAUGACCAUGGAGCAUAGCAUGGGCCAUGAGUCUCAGAUGUGUCAGCCCCUGGAACCAAGCCACAGCAGCUGCCCACAUUAACUUUUGGACCCGUGGACUGGUUUGGCCAUAUUUGCUCUGAGGGACCCAUCUUUCACCCAGGAAGCGCCCCUACUUGGAUGCACUGUGGGAAGUUGCUGGGACAUUCCUUUGUCUUCAAACUGUGAGGCCUCCACGAAAAGGCACCCAGCAAGAAUAUUGUCUCUUCGGGCAGAAUUUCACCUUUUGAUGAGGUAUAUUUUAUAUAAAAAAAAAAAA